AAUUGUCAUGCCAUGGAAUCCUUAUGCUUCAGAGCAUCUAUGUUACUACUAGUACUACCAUUGUUCUUCCUCAUUUUUCUCUUGAUCACUUCUUCUCACAAUGGAUAUCAUCUUUCUUUCUUUGUUUUUCCUUUCUCUCUUCAUACUAUAAAAGACAAUAACACAAUACUAGAAGUAAUUAAACCUCAUCAUGAUCAGUUUCUUGCUAACUCUGCAUAUAGAAGCAUUGAACAUAAAACAAAUAGUAGCAUUAAGAAAAUUAUGACUAGCUUGGAUAGAGUUGAAAAAAGUUUGGCAGAAGCUCGAGCCUCAAUUCGAAAAGCAAUUAUGUCAACGAACUAUACUUCAGGAAAGCGAUUUGUCACAAAAGGGUCCAUUUAUAGAAAUCCAUAUGCUUUUCAUCAGAGCCACAAGGAAAUGGUGAAGAGAUUAAAGAUUUGGGUAUACAAAGAAGGAGAACAACCAAUAGUACAUGAUGGACCAGUGAACAACAUAUAUGCAAUUGAAGGUCAAUUCAUUGAUGAAAUAGACAAUAGCAAAAUGAGUCCCUUUAAAGCUAAACACCCUAAUGAGGCACACAUUUUUUUCCUUCCCUUAAGUGUUGCAAAUGUGGUUCAAUAUGUUUAUAAGCCUAUUGUGUCCAAAAAGGAUUUCAACCGUGAUAGACUUCAUAGAUUGGUGGAGGAUUAUGUAAAUGUUGUGAAAGAUAAGUAUCCUUAUUGGAAUAGAAGCAAUGGUGCUGAUCAUUUUCUCCUUUCUUGUCAUGAUUGGGCACCAGAUAUCUCAAAUGGAAAUCCAAACCUUUUCAAGAACUUCAUAAGAGUUUUAUGCAAUGCUAACACUUCUGAAGGAUUUCAACCCAAAAGAGAUGUUUCAAUCCCUGAAGUGUACUUACCUGUAGGAAAAUUAGGCCCACCAAAUUUGGGCCAAAGCCCAAUAAACCGUACCACAUUAGCCUUCUUUGCUGGUGGAGCCCAUGGUAACAUUAGAAAAUUGUUGUUAAAUCAUUGGAAGGACAAUGAUUCACAAAUUCAAGUUCAUGAAUAUCUACCAAAGGGUCAAAACUAUACACAAUUAAUGGGACUAAGUAAAUUUUGUUUGUGUCCAAGUGGAUAUGAAGUUGCUAGUCCAAGAAUUGUGGAAGCAAUUAAUGCUGGUUGUGUGCCUGUGAUUAUUUCUAAAAACUAUUCUUUGCCUUUCAAUGAUGUGUUGAAUUGGAGUGAAUUUUCAGUAGAGAUUCCAGUGGAGAAAAUACUUGAGAUUAAGACUAUAUUACAAAAUGUUUCAAAUGAUAAGUAUAUGAAGUUGUAUAUGAAUGUGAUGAAAGUUCAAAAGCAUUUUGUUAUGAAUAGGCCAGCUAAGCCUUUUGAUGUGAUGCAUAUGAUACUUCAUUCAAUUUGGCUUAGAAGGCUUAAUUUUAAACUCAUAGAUUCACAAUAAAAUUGUUUUUGCCAAGCCUGUUUGGAUAUUCAAGUAUAUCACAAAGUCAUAGCUUGUCUACUGCUUAGUUGAGUAAUUGAAGAGUUUAAUGCUCAAUUGAACUCUAUACUCUUGAUUUGAGAUAAGUUGCCUAAAACAAGAUACAACUGCUGAAUAUAUUUUAAGUAAUUAUUGUUUCUCUUAAUCUUUCGAUUAGAAUAUUACAGUGAAGAUAAGUAACGUAUGAAUG